AUGGCGAAUAAGGUAGUGUCCACACUACCUCGCAUCAAAGCAACCAUCGGACACAUUCCGCAAAAGUUGAAAACUGCAGGUAUCGAGCCGAGCUCCCGUGCGCGAUUGGAGAUUCUGCGACGAAUUGUCACGCGAAUGGUCCGAGAGGAACGAGCCGAAUUCCAGUGGAACAGAGCCGUUGAAGCAAGGCCGUACCUUGAAAGACUCAUUCAACUUGGAGUUGAGAGAGGGGAGAACGAUGAUUACACGACGGAAAUGAUGGCAUGGUGGUUGCCAGAAGCUGAUCUCAUCACAAAGAUGCAUAAGGUAAUCGUACCAAGAUUUGUCGAUCGAGAAGGCCCUUUCACAUCCAUAUACCGUCUUCCCAAGCAACGGCUGUUGCAGUACCGUGCUGGAAGAUUCGAGAGGUGGAAGCGCUACGAUAUUGCAGUCCUAGAAAUCGAUGGUAACCCAUUUCCUCCAGUUCUUGGCGAAAAAGAGAAUAAUUCUUCAUCAUUAUUGAAUAUUUUGCUCAAAGAUAGUCUGGAAAAUCGGUUAAAAAAGCUCCAAUCGAGUUUGAAGAAGACUUAG